UUCUUCAUUCACGAUUUCCGAUUAUAAAAAGGGAAAAAAAAGCAAUCAACAAUGGAUGCUGCGAGACAAGAAAACAUUCUGAAAAAGAGGCUGCAGGCUUUCCUUGCAGAAAUGCUAAAAUUUGGAACCAUCAAAGGUUUCAAGAACUUUGCCAUGUACCUCCGGGGACGAGAAGAGCUGGUUAUAAGUGUUCUCAAUGAACCAAAAUCCUCACAUUACAGCCACACACUGGAGACCAAGAGUAUGACCCCGAGCUUCAAAGAUCCUAACAGGAGUGGAAGCUUAACGUCCAAUAAUCUUCCAUAUGAUAAGAGGUCCCUGUUGAUAUCCAUGCGAUCACAGAUGAACCUGACCACGGCAGCUGUCCCCAAAGGUGUGGGUCUACCACCCGCCUCACCAAGUGACUCAGAAACUCUACCAGGGGAUGAAGCAUCAACUUUGUUCCUGAUAGCCGGAUAUGCUCGGUACAGCUGUCCUUAUGUGUGGAUUCGAUCCAACCACCAGCGGCUGAUUAAUCUGAUGGGAGACACCGAGUCAGAAAAAGACAGCCCUCUCCGACUGAAAACCACCGCCUCAUGGAAAGACAAAAGUAAGAUUGUGUAUGACAUUGUAUCAGAACUAGUCAAACUGAACACCUACCCUGCUCCACAGAAUCCGUUUGAGCUGGACAUGGAGUAUUUCUCCUCGCUACCUUUAGCAGAACAAGUGCUAGAGACAGGGGCCAUGGUACAAACACUCAAAAAAAUAUUCCUCUGUACCUCAGAUGACAGGCCUUAUGCAGGAUAUGUGUUAGAAGAUUUACAGAUCAUGACCAAAAUGCACUUCACAGCUUUGAAGAAGCUCGUACAGGAGGGAGGUUUACCAAUAGCACAGCAAGAACAAAGACACAGAGGCGGUGCUGUGUCAGGGGCUGGGCGGACCCGAUACCCUAGUUCUCAGUACAGUCAGCCACCCCCCAGUCAGUACGGAGCGGGGUAUUACGGAUCCUCACAACAAAACUACUCCUAUACAGGGUAUUAGUUACGUCAGACUGUGCCAUUCAGUGAUCUCAUUCUGGAUUCUGUUUAGCAGCACUGUAAUGUUGAGCUAGUUUAGGUUGUACGUGUGUCAUUCAGAUGUGCUAUUCCUGAAACAGUGACUCACAUAGCAUUUUAUCUGUAGAAGAUUGUGUGAAUGAAUGUGAAUUUUCUAGUCAUCAUUAUCUCCAUGAGAAAUACAUGUAGAUGUGUGUGCUUUUGUGCAUCUUGUGUUAGAAUGGUUAUACAUAUACUUGUUUUAUGGUGUAUGGACAAUCAUAUAAAAUGCUUAUCUCAGAUUUGUGCACAUAUUCUCUCGGUAAACAUACCCAUUAAUGAGUUACAUGUACAUUCUAAGAAAAGCUUUUUAGUAGUAGGGUUUCAUUAUCUGGGCUCAAGUUCUCCAGAAGAAUUUUUUACAAGACCUAAUACAUUUACUGAGUAAAAGUUCUCAAUAUGUAUUAAUUUACAGAAAACUGAAAAGUUCAUUCAUCCAGGAUUUGGGUAUAUGUGAUCUUAGAGAUUAUCUAUUGUAUGUAAUGUGUGAUAAACACGUUAAAAAC